AGCGACCAUUUCUUCUUCUUCCACCAUUUUCUCUGACGUCUUUCUCUUCUCUGUUGUCUCCAGCGGAUUUUGUGGAAGCGAAGAGCUACAGGGGUUUUUGAGCUAUGGACAGCUUCUGGCAAUUGGGUGAUGAGCUACGAGGUCAGACUCAGUCAAGAGCAUCAGAGGAUCACAAAUGGUCCACUGUUGCAACCAAGCUCGCUGAGCAGACUAGGAUGAAAGGUGAAAGGUUUAACAACCUUGAUCUCUCCAAAGCUGGUGGUUACUCUGAGUUCAGACCAACCGAAAAGUUUAGUUUCCAGGACAACAAUAACUUCAACAUGUUGAACUUGGGCGGCAAAGCUUUGAUGCAGAACAAUGUUUACAGCAACAUGAAUGACUUCAAAAGUGGAGGCAACAUGAAAGUUAAUAAGUAUAAUGGCAAUGUUGUUGCUAACAAGGAUCUGAGCAACAACAACAAACACAAUAGCAAUGAUAAUGCUGUUGACAAGAGGUUUAAGACUCUGCCUGCUUCCGAGACGCUACCAAGGAAUGAAGUUCUUGGCGGGUACAUCUUUGUUUGCAACAACGAUACCAUGGAAGAGGAUUUAAAACGUCACCUGUUUGGUUUACCUCCAAGAUACAGGGACUCUGUCAGGGCAAUAACACCUGGAUUGCCUCUGUUUCUUUACAAUUACACCACUCACCAGCUCCAUGGUAUCUUUGAGGCAACGACUUUUGGAGGUACUAAUAUUGAUGCCACUGCUUGGGAAGACAAAAAGUGCAAAGGAGAGUCAAGGUUUCCGGCUCAGGUAAGGAUCAGAGUGAGGAAGAUAUGCAAAGCCUUGGAAGAGGAUUCCUUCAGGCCUGUUCUUCACCACUAUGAUGGUCCGAAAUUCCGCCUUGAGCUCUCUGUUCCCGAGACAUUGGAUCUGCUAGAUCUUUGUGAACAAGCUGGUUCUCCAUAAAGCCGAUCAACCUUGCAAUACCACGUUGCUAAGUAACGGGAGGCGUUCUGUCUGAAACCUAUCUAUAUCUCUAUAUUAAUGCAAAAUACCAUAAUAGCGUAAGCUUGUGGAAUUUAGUUAAGAGUCAAUAGUUCAAAUGUAUGGUUCACUAGAAGGGAGGAGUGUGUGCAGUCUUGAGGCAAGGAAAAAGGGUGAAGAGGCUCUGCUGAAUAAGCGCACGCACUCUGAGUUCUUGUUGUGUCUAAUGUGUGAGUUUGUCUGUUUGAAACGAAAGGUUUGUGUGUAAAAGAAUAUAUAUAGAGAGAGAGAAGAGUAAACAACAGAGCCAAAACAAUGGUCUGAGUUUCUGUUUGUGUUUGCUUGUGUAAGGGAGAACCUAAAUGGAUAGUUUAACUUUUAAGCAUCCGUGUCAUUUGAUUGUUUAAACUUUAAACAAAUGUUUUCAUUGAAAGAAGUUGAAAUUUGAAAAG